UACAGAUGGAUGAAUGGAUGGAUGAAUUUAUAAGCCUAACUACCAUCAACCCUACAUCACAGGUCUCGGUGAAGCACGCGCCAACCAACAUCCGGGCCUUCUUGCGUUCAGCAUCCUCUUCUUCCGCUAUCACAACUCGAUCGCCGACCGACUGAGGAGUGAAAACCCAGCCAUGGUCGACGAGGAUGUUUACAUGAAGGCCAGACGAAUGGUCGUCGCAACUAUGCAGAGCAUAUUUCUCUACGAGUACCUGCCCGCUCUACUGAAUGAACCGACGGACGAAUAUAAAGGUUACGACACGGAUAUAUAUCCGGGGGUGACUACGGAGUUCCAUGCGGCGGCGUUCAGGUACGGCCACACGCACAUACCGCCAGGCUUCUACCUGAGGGACAGCAUGUGUCGGUUCCGACCGAACCCCAUACGCCUGUGCAACACCUACUUCGACGCCUCGGCUGCUAUAAAGAUGUACGGCAUCGAGGAGGUGCUGAUGGGAAUGGCGUCGCAGAUUGCCGAGAAAGAAGACACGAUUCUCAUCGACGACCUGAGAGGUGAGCUUUAUCGUCUGCGAACGUUUCGUUUAUCUAUAACUUAUACGUAG